UCCUCAACCAAACAACAAAGCUACCAAAAAAAUAAGCAAGCCAUGGCCAUGAGUAUGGCAACCGGCGCCAUGGGCUCCCUGCUGCCCAAGCUGGUCAAGCUCCUCAAGGAGGAGUACAAGCUCAAGGAAAGCGUCAAGGAAGGCGUCCGAUCUCUUGAGGAAGAGAUGAAGAGCAUGCAAGCUGCGCUCCGCAAGGUGGGCGAGGUGCCACGGGACCAGCUCAACGAGCAGGUCAAGAUCUGGGCAGCGGAGGUGAGGGAGCUCUCCUUCAAGAUGGAGGACAUCGUCGACAAGUUCUUGGUGCGUGUCGAUGACGGCUCUGAGCCUGCUGCCAAUCUGAAGAAGCUCAAACGGCUCACCAAAAAGAUGGCCGGCCUGUUCACCAAGGGGAAGGCCCGCCAUGAGAUCGCCGAUGCAAUCAGGAGCAUCAAUAAGAAAGUUCAAGAGGUUGCUGGUAGGCGUGCAAGGUACAAUAUCGACAAUAUUGUCUCUAAGCCUGCUGCCGUGACUCCCAUCGAUCCUCGCAUUGGGGCUCUGUACAAGGAAGUGACAGAUCUUGUUGGCAUUACCGGAACAAGGGAUCAAGAGAUAAUGAAGUUGCUCUCAGAGGGGGACGACAUGUCCAAGAAAAAGUUGAAGAUCGUCUCUGUUGUUGGAUUUGGGGGAUUGGGCAAGACAACUCUUGUCAAAACAGUUUAUGAUAAGAUCAAGGGAGAUUUUGAUUGCAGGGCUUUUCUUCCUGUCGGUCGAAAUGCUAAUGCGAAGAAGGUUUUCAUGGACAUCCUACAUGAUCUUGAUCCCGACAAGGACAAAGGUCAGCUCAGCAUGUUGGAUGAAAGAGAACUCAUUAACAAACUCCAAAAAAAUCUAGAGAACAAGAGGUUACAAUUCAAGGAGUGCGACAAAAUCGGGGUGGUAGCGUGUACAAUAAACUACUCCCUCCGUUCCACAAUUUAGCGCCUAUAGAUUUUUCUGAAAGUCAAAAUUUAUGAACUUUGACCAAGUGUAUGGAUAAAACUAUGUACAUCUACAAUACCAAACAUGUACAAUCUAAAAAUACAACUCAUUAUGUAUCCAAUGAUGUGCAUUUGGUAUUCUAGAUAUGCCUAUUUUUCUCAAUAAAUAUGGUCAAAAUUUGUAAUGUUUGACUUUUGUAAAAAUCUAUAGGCACUACAUUAUGGAAUGGAGGGAGUAUUAUACAAGCUUGCAUACAAUAACAUAAUAUAUUAUUUUUUUCUACUAUCGGCUGUAGUUACACCCACAUGUGUUCCAUACAAUCUACAAAGUAUUUUAGUGUAUGUGGUGAGUAUGAAGCGAUAGUAUGGAAGUAUACAUGAACAUCUAGGAAAUAUACAUACUACUUUCCAAUGUGCAAACUUUUAGCACUGCUUUCUUGUGUAGAAUAUCAAAUAAUUUCAUAAAUAUGCCAAAAGUACACAUGUUCGCAUUUGCAAUUUUUUCAUUUACAUAGUUCACUUUGUGGUGCCCUAGAGUUUGAAAUAGUAUAUGAAGCCACCCAGAAUGAUAAACUACUAUACACAAAACCCCAUGGUUGUAUGGGAGGCUUGGUCUAUAAUGGGUGGGAUGAUAUACUACUAACGUUCCACGUUUGAUCUUUGGUGGUCAAGGAUCAAUCUUAUCACUUGUAUGAUACUAGAAAAAGUGUACUUAUUUUUAUUAUGACAGAGAAACUAUAUCCUAGUGUUUUUCGCAAACCUAGCCCUUAAAGUAGUGGUUUUAUGCAAUUUACUCAGAUGAGAUAGAUGAUAUGAGGUGGAGCAAUGCAGAUGCAGGCAUUCACUCAUGCCACCCCUUUCUUCCUUUCUUUCUCUAGCUUUUAUAAAUUGCAUACAGAGGAGUGUAGACUGUGCAAAGGACUACCACUGGUCCACUGCUGCUACUGCUACUUGUCGAUGAUGUUUGAAAACAGGGGGAGUGAGAGAGAGAGGAGGAGGAUGAGGAUCGGCAGAGGACUGGUUAGGAUUAGUAGUUCAUUAGACAUAUUGUUCACCAUAAAACUUGUAAAUCAAAUGAAACAUACAUAUACCUUGUACUCAAUUAUUUGAAUCCUGUGACUUAGCCAAACACUGGGUGCUUUCUGAAGAUAUCCAAUGUGCAAGACUCUGAUCCUAGUAAAUCCAGAAACUAACUAUAUUUAUCAAGACAUGUGAAUGCCACUAACCGAUUGAUCAGAAGCCUACACUUGUGUCCAAUUAUCCCUGUGCUCGCCAUCAACAGUUCAUCCUGUCAUAGGAAAACAUAUUAGUAUCUCUGAAGCACAUACAUUUCACUGCCAACUCAAACCACUCUCCAAACCCUACCUUCUCAUCAC